UUCUCCCGGUAAUAUUGGCACGCGAAACAAUGCAGGACGUGUAGCCAGCACCCGCUCCCAGCAAAGAGUAAAGCUUGCUCUACCUAAGCUUUGCCAACCUUUGCGAGUUUUAUAAGGUUUUAUUUUUCCUUUUCCCAACGCUGCAUUUCACCCGGAAGCGGCCCUGUGACUUGUUGCAUAGCGCCGCUUCAAGACUUUCUCUCUGCGCGGAGCCGAAAGGGCCUCUACCGGAAGUAAAAGGGUUGCUUUUGGGGCGCUGUGGUCCCACCGGCGGAGGAGAGGUCGUUUUUCUCUUUCUGCCGGCAAAGUUAGGCGGGCAGGAAAGAACAUGGGCAGGACAGUGACCGUGGCUACGUGCGCCUUGAAUCAGUGGGCGCUGGAUUUUGAAGGCAACCUGGAAAGGAUUCUCAAAAGUAUUGAAAUUGCUAAAGAAAAAGGAGCAAGAUAUCGACUCGGCCCAGAACUUGAAAUUUGUGGUUAUGGCUGUUCAGAUCAUUAUUAUGAAUCCGACAUACUGUUACAUUCAUUUCAAGUUUUGGCCAAGCUUUUGGAAUCUCCUGGUAUUCAGGACAUAAUAUGCGAUAUUGGGAUGCCUAUUAUGCACCGGAAUGUUCGUUACAACUGUAGAGUAAUUUUUCUAAACAAAAAAAUUCUUUUGAUACGGCCGAAGAUAGCAUUGGCAAAUUCAGGAAACUAUCGAGAAAUGAGGUGGUUCACUCCUUGGAAUAGAUUACGGCAUGUAGAAGAAUAUUUUCUUCCAAGAAUGAUCCAAGAGAUUACAGCUCAGGAAAGCGUUCCAUUUGGUGAUGCCGUACUAGCAACUUUGGAUACUUGCAUAGGGACUGAAAUCUGUGAAGAACUAUGGAUACCAACCAGCCCUCACAUUGAAAUGGGAAUUGAUGGUGUGGAAAUCUUCACAAAUUCCUCUGCAAGUCACCAUGUAUUAAGAAAAGCAGACACUCGAGUGGAGUUGGUAAAUUCUGCAACAGCAAAGAAUGGAGGAAUCUACGUCUUGGCAAACCAGAAAGGCUGUGAUGGUGAUCGCUUGUAUUAUGAUGGAUGUGCCAUGAUAUCUAUGAAUGGUGCUACAGUUGCUCAAGGACGUCAAUUUUCACUGGAUGACAUAGAAGUCCUCGUUGCCACUUUGGAUUUAGAAGACGUCAGAAGUUAUAGAGCAGAAAUAUCCUCCCGAAACUUAGCAGCAAGCAAAGUGACUCCUUAUCCUAGAAUAAAAGUAAACUUUGCAUUGUCAAAUUCCGAUGAUACCUGCACGCCUACAAAUGAACCUAUCCAGUGGAAGUAUCAUAGUCCUGAGGAAGAGAUCAGAUCAGACAGUUUUGGAUGACGUUCGCAGAAUUGUAAAUGAUGAAAUGUACGUACCAAAGGAAGCCCAGGAGCUGUGUGGCCGUCUUUUAACAACUUGCUACAUGGCUAGUGAGAAUUCUUCUCAGGAUACUUAUGACAGAGCCAAGUCUUUGGCUAAAGAAAUAGGCAGCUAUCAUAUCAACAUAAAUAUAGAUGGUGCAGUAAAAGCCAUUUUGGGGAUUUUCAGUACAGUGAUGAGACGAUCUCCUCAGUAUCAAGUGCAUGGAGGAAGUACGAGAGAAAAUCUGGCUCUACAGAAUCUGCAGGCCAGAAUAAGAAUGGUAAUCGGCUAUCUAUUUGCCCAGCUCUGUCUGUGGACUCGCGGAAUGCCUGGUGGAUUGUUAGUGCUUGGAACAGCUAAUGUGGAUGAAAGCCUUCGAGGAUAUUUCACAAAAUAUGAUUGUUCCAGUGCUGACAUCAACCCUAUUGGUGGAAUUAGCAAAACAGAUUUGAAAUGCUUUAUGCAAUAUUGCAUUGAGAAUUUUCAGCUAACAUCCCUCAAAAGUAUUAUAUCAGCACCCCCAACAGCGGAGUUGGAGCCACUGCAGAAAGGAAAUGUUACUCAAAUGGAUGAGGUAGACAUGGGUAUGACGUAUGCUGAACUCUCAGUCUAUGGUAAACUAAGGAAGAUAGCUAAGGCCGGACCUUAUACCAUGUUCUGUAAACUGGUCACAAUGUGGAAAGAGAUAUGUUCUCCAAGAGAGGUGGCAUCAAAAGUUAAGCAUUUCUUUCAAAUGUAUUCAAUCAACCGACAUAAAAUGACUACCCUUACUCCCUCCUAUCAUGCUGCCAACUACAGUCCUGAUGAUAAUCGCUUUGAUCUGAGACCUUUCCUUUACAAUUCUGCUUGGUCCUGGCAGUUCAGGUGUAUAGAUGAACAGGUUUCUAAACUAGAAGCUAAGUAAGCGAUGGAAACUUCAGAUCAAAGAUUGAAUUUGCUCUCUCUGUCUUGCUGCUUGGGAUGGAUGAUUUUUGCAGAAUCAUCUGUAAAAUUGAAUAAUAUGAUCAAAGAAUGAAUAUUAUUUAAAUAUUAAGUGUUUUUACUUUUAAAAUAAUCUAUGCAAAUAAUGCAAUUGUCACAAUUUUAAAAUCAAAGCUGUUAAUCCAGAACAUUUUUGAAUAGCCUUAAUGUAUUUGUCUCAGACUGUGAUUUUUAGAAACUAUAUUCAUUAAAAUCUGAAAAUAAACUGUUUUCUUGACACACAUUUUCUAAAAUCCACAACCCAACAAAGUUCAACUGUACUUCAUAUUGUUUAUAUUGUGUGUCACAUCAGGAUUCUUGCACUUACAAAGUGAGGAGCUUCCUUUGCUGUCUUCUUUAUGUAUUUCUCAAGUUGCCUGAUAGUUAAGAGCAAAUCUCAGAAGUGCCAAAGAGAGGGGGAAAUCCAGUCUUGUCCACAUGGGCAGAUAAAUUAUGAACAGCCUCAUAAAUACAUGAACAGCCUUGUAAGCCAGUUGGUUAGAUAAUAUUGUUAGCUGUCCCACAACUUUCAUUAGGAUAUGUUCCUAGAUUAAUGAGCAUAAACCAAUGUUUGAAUAGGUAAACACAAAUAAUUAUGGAGACAACACACAGGAGUUUGUCACACAUGGUCAACUGCUGAAAAUCUACUUGGUUUAUGUACUCAAAAGUAGGUCCCACUAAGACAUUCUAGUUGAAAAGCAUGCAUUGGAUUGACGCCUAAAUUACAUUCCGUAUUUUUUGGAGUAUAAGACG